AUGGUGGAAAAAUUUGAUCUAUUUGGAGAUGAUUGGAUUCACUCUUUAUAUGAAGAACGUGAACAUUGGGUUCCUGUUUACAUGAAUGAUACAUUUUUUGGUGGCUUGUCAACAACUCAAAGAUCAGAGAGCAUUAAUUCUUUUUUUGACAAAUAUGUAUGUAAGAAAACUACAUUAAAGGAAUUUGUCGAAAAAUAUAAAGUUGCUUUACAUGAUAGAGAAGAGGCGGAAAAGCAAGCUGAUUUUAAGACAUGGCACAAGCAACCUGUUCUUAGGACUCCAUCACCUUUUGAGAAGCAAAUGUCGAUGAUAUAUACACAUGAAAUCUUCAAGAAAUUUCAAGUUGAAGUUUUGGGAUUAUCUGGAUGCCGUAUUGUGAAAGAGCAUAAUGAUAAUCUUACUGCCACUUUUACAAUUUUCGACUUUCAUAAAAAUGACGAGUUUAUUGUAGAGUGUGAUGUCUCGAAGAAGGAAAUAUCGUGUCUAUGUCGCUUUUUUGAGUAUAAUGGGUAUCUUUGUAGACAUUCAUUGAUGGCAUUCCAAGCUGUUGGUGUCUGUGUUGUCCCAUCACACUAUAUUUUAAGAAGAUGGACCAAGGAUAUUAGAAGCAAGCAUCAUACAAGGAUAAUGAAAGAAGAUGUGUGUUCUAGUAAGGAGAGAUAUGAUUCUUUAUAUCAAAAGGCUAUUGAAUUUCUUGAAGAAGGAUCGCUAAGUUUUGAGAGUUACAAUUUGGCUUGCCAUGCACUUGAAGAAACUUUGAAACAGUGUGCAACUAUCAACCGGUCUUUGAAAAUCGACAAGGAAAAAGUUGGUCAGAGCAGUUUACGUGUGAAGCUAGUGCGUGAUCCUAAAAGAGCAAAUACAAAAGGGGCUCCAAGAAGAAUAAAGAGUGAGAUCGAGAGAGGUCGUAAGAGAACAUCUAGUUGUAAAGUAAAAAAGUCUGCUAUUGUCCAAAGAGAAGCAGUAAAUACCUCAAAUGUUCUCAAUGAUGAAGUAACAGCUGCAUUGCCAAGAAUGGAAAAUCAUCAGGGUUGA